CCUCCCUGGCCUCCUUGCCACUCCUCGAGCGCAUCCAGCUGGCUCCCACCUGGGGGCUCGCACUGGCUUCCCCUCUGCCUGGAAUACUCCCCCACCCCACAUCCGCUGGGCCCUCCCUCGCCUUCUUCAAGUCUUGGUCAAGUCAGGGUCACAUUAUCUUCUCAGUGAGGCCUUCCCUGACUGUCACAUCAAAGUUGCAGUCCCCAAACCUUGAUCCCCACUUUCUUUUCUGUGCUGUCUUUCCCAGAACACUUAGCACCUUCAUAAAUACCAUAUAAUUUGCUUUUUCCUGUUGUCUGUCUCCCUAAACUAGAACCUAAGUUCUACAAAGCCAGGGGUCUUUGUUCUAGUCAUCAGUAGAUCCCAAUUAAUAAUCUCAAACAAUGCCUGGAGUGGGGCAGUCAGUAAAUACUUGAAUGACUGACCUGAGUGCUGGGUUACAGAACCCCAUGGGGGACUGGGCAGGAUCUGUGACCCUGAUCCCAGAGAGCUGUGGGGGGCCAGGCUUGGAUUUCAGGGAGUUGAAAAGGCCAGGACCAGAGCCCCAGAGCUGUGUAGGGCACAGGGCUGAGCUGGGGAUUCCAGAAGCUGAGCGAGGGCCAAGCUCCCUGUUCUGCUCUGCCUUGGGCCGCAGAAAAAGAGCCGGGAGGAGUCUAGCGGUGAGGGCAGCGGCGUGGAGAUCCUGGCCAACCGGCCCUACACGGAUGGGCCUGGAGGCAGCGGGCAGUACACACACAAGGUGUACCACGUGGGCUCCCACAUCCCAGGCUGGUUCCGGGCACUGCUGCCCAAGGCUGCCCUGCAGGUAUACCUGCCCCUUUGUGGAGAAAUUCUCCAUUGAAAUAGAGACUUAUUACCUGCCUGAUGGGGGCCAGCAGCCGAAUGUCUUCAACCUGAGUGGGGCUGAGAGGAGACAGCGCAUCCUGGACACCAUCGACAUCGUGCGGGAUGCAGUGGCCCCAGGCGAAUACAAAGCAGAAGAGGACCCCCGGCUGUACCGCUCGGUCAAGACAGGCCGAGGGCCACUGGCUGACGACUGGGUGCGGACAGCAGCCCAGACAGGGCCCCUCAUGUGUGCUUAUAAGCUGUGCAAGGUGGAGUUCCGCUACUGGGGCAUGCAGGCCAAGAUUGAGCAGUUCAUCCACGAUGUUGGUCUACGUCGGGUGAUGCUGCGGGCCCACCGCCAGGCCUGGUGCUGGCAGGAUGAGUGGACAGAGCUGAGCAUGGCCGACAUCCGGGCACUGGAGGAGGAGACCGCCCGCAUGCUGGCCCAGCGCAUGGCUAAGUGCAACAUGGGCAGUGAGGGGCCCGAGGCCCAGCCCCCCGGGAAACCAAACACCGAGGCCCGGUCAGGGGCCAGCAAUGCUGUCACCCAUGAUGGGCCUGAGGCUCCCCCCGGCCCCGAUGCCUCCCCCGAUGCCAGCUUUGGGAAGCAGUGGUCCUCGUCCUCGCGUUCCUCCUACUCGUCCCAACAUGGAGGGGGCGUGUCUCCCCAGAGCUUGUCCGAGUGGCGCAUGCAGAACAUCGCCCGAGACUCCGAGAACAGCUCCGAGGAGGAGUUCUUUGAUGCCCACGAAGGCUUCUCCGACAGUGAUGAGGUCUUCCCCAAGGAGAUGACCAAGUGGAACUCCAAUGACUUCAUUGAUGCCUUUGCCUCCCCAACAGAGGCUGAGGGGGCACCAGACCCUGGAACUGAGGCUGCUAAAGGCAUCGAGGACAGGGCCCGAGCACCCAGGGACUCAGAGGGCCCAGACGGAACUGGGGAGCUGGGAGCUGAGGCAUGCGCAGUCCACGCCCUCUUCCUCAUCCUGCACAGCGGCAACAUCCUGGACUCGGGACCUGGAGACGCCAACUCCAAGCAGGCGGAUGUGCAGACGCUGAGCUCGGCCUUUGAGGCUGUCACCCGCAUCCACUUCCCUGAGGCCCUGGGCCACGUGGCAUUGCGACUGGUGCCCUGCCCGCCCAUCUGCGCUGCUGCCUAUGCCCUUGUCUCCAACCUGAGCCCCUACAGCCAUGAUGGCGACAGCCUAUCCCGUUCCCAAGACCAUAUUCCACUGGCCGCCCUGCCACUGCUGGCCACCUCAUCGUCCCGCUACCAGGGUGCCGUGGCCACUGUCAUUGCCCGCACCAACCAGGCCUACUCCGCCUUCCUGCGCUCACCAGAGGGCACCGGCUUCUGCGGGCAGGUCGUGCUGAUUGGAGAUGGUGUUGGUGGCAUCCUGGGCUUUGACGCGCUCUGCCACAGCGCCAACGUGAGCACCGGGAGUCGGGGCAGCAGCCGCCGGGGGAGCAUGAACAAUGAGCUGCUCUCCCCAGAGGUCGGCUCAGUACGGGACCCCCUGGCAGAGGGGGUGGAAGGGCUGGGUCGGGCCAGCCCAGAACCCUCAGCCCUGCCUGCCCAGCGCACCCCCAGUGACGUGGCCAGUGCUGAGCCUGAGGGCUCUCAGAACAGCCUCCAGGCAGCCCUCCCAAUGGCCUCCUCUGGGGAGCCCCGGCGGGCAAGCACAGCCUCCUGCACGCCUGCUGCCAGUUCCGAGGCUCCCGACGGCCCCACUAGCGCUGCCCGCCUCGACUUCAAGGUCUCUGGCUUCUUCCUCUUCGGCUCCCCACUGGGCCUGGUGCUGGCUCUGCGCAAAACCGUGAUGCCCGCCUUGGAGGUGGCCCAGAUGCGGCCAGCCUGUGAGCAGAUCUACAAUCUCUUCCAUGCGGCGGAUCCCUGUGCCUCGCGCCUCGAGCCCCUGCUGGCCCCAAAGUUCCAGGCCAUCGCUCCACUGGCUGUGCCCCGCUACCAGAAGUUCCCCCUGGGAGACGGCUCAUCCCUGCUGCUGGCCGACACUCUGCAGGCCCACUCAGGCCUCUUUCUGGAGGAGCUGGAGAUGGUGCCCUCAACGCCCACCUCAGCCAGUGGUGCCUUCUGGAAGGGCAGUGAGUUAGGCACUGAGCCCCCAGCCCAGCCAGCCGCCCCCAGCACCACCAGUGAGGUGGUGAAGAUCCUGGAGCGAUGGUGGGGGACCAAGCGGAUCGACUACUCGCUGUACUGCCCCGAGGCGCUCACCGCCUUUCCCACCGUCACGUUGCCCCACCUCUUCCACGCCAGCUACUGGGAGUCCGCAGAUGUGGUUGCCUUCAUCCUGCGCCAGGUGAUCGAGAAGGAGCGGCCACACCUGGCAGAGUGCGAGGAGCCGUCCAUCUAUAGCCCUGCCUUCCCCAGGGAGAAGUGGCAGCGCAAACGCACCCAGGUCAAGAUCCGGAAUGUCACUUCCAACCACCGGGCCAGCGACACGGUGGUGUGCGAGGGCCGCCCCCAGGUGCUGAGCGGUCGCUUCAUGUACGGGCCCUUGGACGUGGUCACACUCACGGGAGAGAAGGUGGACGUCUAUAUCAUGACACAGCCGCUGUCGGGCAAAUGGAUCCACUUUGGCACCGAGGUCACCAACAGCUCGGGCCGCCUCACCUUCCCAGUGCCCCCAGAGCGUGUGCUGGGCAUCGGCGUGUACCCGGUGCGCAUGGUGGUCAGGGGUGACCACACAUACGCUGAGUGCUGCCUGACGGUGGUGGCCCGCGGCACGGAGGCCGUGGUCUUCAGCAUCGACGGCUCCUUCACCGCCAGCGUCUCCAUCAUGGGCAGCGACCCCAAGGUGCGCGCUGGCGCUGUGGACGUAGUCAGGCACUGGCAGGACGCCGGUUACCUGAUUGUGUAUGUAACCGGCCGGCCCGAUAUGCAGAAGCACCGCGUGGUGGCCUGGCUAUCACAGCACAACUUCCCCCAUGGGGUCGUCUCCUUCUGCGACGGCCUCACCCACGACCCUCUGCGCCAGAAAGCAAUGUUCCUGCAGAGCCUGGUGCAGGAGGUAGAACUGAACAUCGUGGCCGGCUAUGGAUCCCCCAAAGAUGUGGCUGUGUAUGCAGCGCUGGGCCUGUCCCCCAGCCAGACCUACAUCGUGGGCCGCGCUGUACGGAAGCUGCAGGCGCAGUGCCAGUUCCUGUCAGACGGCUACGUGGCCCAUCUGGGCCAGCUGGAGGCGGGCUCCCACGCUCACGCCCCCUCGGGCCCCCCGAGGGCUGCCUUGGCCAAGAGCAGCUACGGCGUGGCGGCCCCUGUGGACUUCCUCCGCAAACAGAGCCAGCUGCUGCGCUCCAGGGGCCCCAGCCAGGUGGAGCACGAGGGCCCGGGAACACCACCCACCACCCUGGCACGGGGCAAGGCCCGAAGCAUCAGCCUCAAGUUGGACAGUGAAGAGUGAGGCCCAAACUGUGACGGGACCUGGGUUAUUUAUGGACACACUCGAGGGGCCUGGGCAGCCGUGUGUGGGAGGCUGGGGGGCCCAGACUUUGGCCCCGGUCCUCACUGCCCAGCCCCACACCCUGCAUCUUAGUCUGCCCCUCGGUGUCACUUCCCUUUCAUGUGGGGGGACCCAGCCCUGGGGGAGGGAGGAGGGUGUGGGCAGGGGCCCAGAGAUGUUUCCGGUGUAUGUAAAUCUAUGAAUAAACGCCACCUGCAUCCCACCCA